UCAGUUCUCUGUACUUAUCAACAUCUUGUGGAUUCUCAAGUUAUAAGGGAGACCAAAAAACCAGAGAAAACUGUCAUUACAUUAUCUAAAGAAGAUAACAGUAUUGAAAGAAAAUUGAAGGAACUUGAAAGUCGUGUGAAUAAACUUGAAGAAACUGCUGCUAAAUCAUAUCCAAAAGUUAAAACAAGAACCUAUAAAGACAGGAAAAGGAUUUUGGUGACUGGUGGAGCUGGUUUUGUUGGAAGUCAUCUUGUUGAUAAACUAAUGUUUGAUGGACAUGAAGUUACAGUUGUAGAUAAUUUUUUCACUGGAAGCAAGAAAAAUAUUGAACAUUGGAUAGGGCAUGAUAAUUUUGAUGUCAUAAGACAUGAUAUUGUGAAUCCUUUGUAUAUGGAAGUGGAUCAAAUAUAUCAUCUUGCAUCUCCAGCUUCACCUCCACAUUAUAUGUUAAAUCCUGUAAAAACAAUAAAAACGAAUACACUUGGAACAAUAAAUAUGUUAGGUCUUGCAAAGAGAGUAGGAGCAAGAAUAUUAACUGCAUCUACAUCAGAAGUUUAUGGUGAUCCUGAAGUUCAUCCACAGUCUGAAGAUUAUUGGGGUCGAGUUAAUCCCAUUGGUCCUCGUUCAUGUUAUGAUGAAGGAAAAAGAGUAGCUGAGUCUCUAUGUUAUGCAUAUGCAAAACAAGAAAAUGUUGAUGUUCGUGUUGCAAGAAUUUUUAAUACUUACGGUCCAAGAAUGCACAUUAUAGACGGAAGAGUAGUAAGCAAUUUCAUUCUGCAGGCACUACAAAAUCAAUCCAUAACUAUUUACGGGUCGGGAAAACAGACUCGGUCAUUUCAAUAUGUAAGUGAUUUGGUAGACGGUCUCAUCUCUCUAAUGAAUAGUAAUUAUACUCAGCCUUUGAAUUUGGGUAAUCCAGAAGAAUAUACUAUUGAAGAAUUUGCAAUUUUUAUUAAAAAUAUUGUUGGUGGUUCAAGUCCUAUAAAGUAUCAAGAUGGAGUAACUGAUGAUCCUCAGCGACGAAAACCAGAUAUUAGUCGUGCUAAACAUGAAUUGCAUUGGGUUCCUAAAGUUUCACUUCAAGAAGGAUUAAAGACAACAAUAGAAUAUUUUCGUAAUGAACUGAUGAAUAACAAGAAGAUUUUUAAUAAAAAUCAAAUGACUACGACAGAUGAUUUGUGAAGUUUAUUUUCAAUUAGAAAGGACAAUGUCUGAACUGUUUUGGCAACAAGUAAUUGCCUGUAUUAUAACAAAACUGUGAAUCGUGUUGUUUUUAAUAUUUUUUAUUUUGUAUUCACGUAAUGAUGCUGUACAAAAUGUAAUUACAUGUCUGAGAAUUGUCUUCCAAAUGUUUGAAAAAAUUUUGCUAAAAUUUGAAGAUACUUUAUAAAAUGUGAUGCAAAGUGUUGAUUCUGAAUAAAUUGUUUUGUUCAAAUAUAUUAAUUUUUAUUUUAUAUUAUAUUUUAAUUGUAUUUUGUUAGUUUGUAUUAAAUCAAUAUAUUACUUUCAAUAAAAGAAAAUUAUAUUUUGAUUGAUUUUUGUUUGUUCAUUUAUUGGAUGAUGCUCUUCCUUCUAAUAUUUUGUCAAACUGAAACCAACAUAUGACCUGUAUUUGAGUUUAACUUAUUUAGACAUGUUAUAGUUCAAAGGAGACACUUCCUCCUUUGUUGUAUUAUUUAUUGAAUAAAAGAAUUGUUUAAAUAUUAA